AACGGGGCCGGCUCUUGCCGCGUGACUCGCGUUGAUUGCCGGUAUUGCAACAACGAACCGAGAUAACGCCACCGUCCUGUAUCUCUUCUACCGUCCGGCGGCAGCCCGUAUUUCUCCCACGGAUAUUAAACACAAACAUGGUCUUCGCCGAUAACAAGCUCUAGUCAGCAUGCAUGGGAAAAAGCACACUUUCGUCAGUUUCUGGUAAAUUGUACACGUGUAACAUUACACUUGACUAAACAAUAAAUUACUGAGCAGUUGAAACGAUACAAUUAUAGUGAUCGUUUUUGCAGUUGCAACUGUUGGUCAAUUUGCAUCCUUGCGCUUUCAUUACCAUCAAAAAUGAAUCUCCAAAAAGUGGCAAUGCUGUGUAUUUUCGUCAUAUCCUUUGUCUAUGCUGAAGAUACGGAGACAAAGAAUGGCGUGAAAACCAAAGACGCUAUAAAAGACGCGGACGGAGUUUGCGUUAGUAAGGACGAGUGUGUAUCAACGAAGGGGCACGACGAUAAGGCUCCCGGGGAGAAGUACGCAGAGGAAACACAGGAGGGGAAAUUAGACAAAGAGGAAGCACCCAGAGAUAAAGAUGAAACUGAGGUAGGCGAGGAGAAAGAAGCAGAGGGAGGCGCAGACGAGAAGGCAAGUGACGAAGACGAGGGCAAAGGGGAGAAGAAAAAAGAGGUUCCGAGGAAGGGGGAAGAGGAGAGACACCUUGUCAAGGUUGAGGUUCUCGAAGAGGGAAAGUUUUGUGAUAGACUCAAGGCGACUAAUGACGAUUCCGUCACGGUACAUCUGCGGGGAUUCAAGGCCUCGGAUAACAGUGAAUUCAUCACAACGUACAAGGAAGAUGGAUCUGAGGGACUGUCCAUCCCGUUCCGCAUGGGCAUAGGGGACUCCAUCAAGGGGCUAGAGCUUGGAAUCAUCGGCAUGUGCAUUGGGGAGCGGCGCCGCCUCACCGUACCGGCUUCCCUGGUCCGGAACGGCCGGGAGGAAUUCAAAGGGGACAAGAUUCCCAGGGGUGAAGACCUGAUCUUUGAGGUGGUUUUACUGGGUGCCGUGCCAAACUAUCAGAAGGGCAUGCCCAACAUGUUUAAGAGGAUGGACGGGAACAAUGACGGCGUCAUACAGCGAGAAGAGUUGUACGAUUCCUUCGUUGGUGAUGGUGAGAUGUUUCCACGGGGAGCACCAAUAGUAGAUGAACUGACGGACGAAAAGAUGGAAGAAGUGGACAAGAACAAAGAUGGCUUAAUCCAGUGGGAAGAAUUCCAUCUGCCCAAGUGGGACGAACUCUAGCCACCGACAUAUGUAGCUUUUUCCGUAUCUAUGAAAAUUUUCAAGGAAUUU